UCUCAUGGGCGGGACUUAUGAACUCUCAGGAAGCAAGAUUACUCUCAGCAAAUGCGUCAGAUUUGUGAUUUUACUUUCGUGGCUUUUAAGUGUUGUUCGCUUUAAUGUGGAAUCAAUCCGUAUGUGGUAUUAAGCCUUUGCGUGCCUCGUGGAGCAGCCAUUUUUGCAUUUAAAUACAUGCAUGAAUAGAAAAUUAAGAAGUCCAAAACUUGAGGAAAUGACCUCUUCUUACAGAUUUUCAGUGUGUUGGUUUAUUUUGCUAACCCUGUGCACUAUCGGAGAAUCCAAGCAGAGAAACGUACUACUUAUCAUUGCGGACGAUGCGGGCUUCGAGACCGAAGUCUACAACAACACGGCGAUCCGCACGCCGCACCUGCACGCGCUGGCCCGACGCAGCGUGGUCUUCCGGAACGCGUUCACCUCCGUCAGCAGCUGCUCGCCCAGCCGCUCCACCAUCCUGACGGGUCUGCCGCAGCACCAGAACGGCAUGUAUGGCCUGCAUCAGGACACUCACCACUUCAACUCAUUCGAUGGGGUGCAGAGCCUGCCCCUCCUGCUGGGACAGGCCGGAAUCCGCACGGGCAUCAUUGGUAAGAAGCACGUAGGCCCCGGUGCGGUGUACCCCUUCGACUUCGCCUACACCGAGGAGAACAACUCCGUGCUGCAGGUAGGCCGGAACAUCACCCGCAUUAAGCUGCUGGUCAGGAAGUUCCUGCGGGAGCAGCAGGAAGCGGAUCGGCCCUUCUUCCUGUACGUGGCCUUCCACGACCCGCAUCGCUGCGGCCACUCCCAGCCCCAGUACGGGCCCUUCUGCGAGAAGUUCGGCAACGGGGACAGCGGCAUGGGACGCAUCCCGGACUGGACCCCCCAGCACUACACCCCGGAGCAGGUCAAGGUGCCGUACUUCAUCCCAGACACCCCUGCGGCUCGGGCUGACCUGGCUGCUCAGUACACCACCGUCAGCAGGCUGGACCAAGGCAUCGGGCUGGUUCUGGAGGAGCUGCGGGAGGCGGGGUUUGAGAACGACACCCUGGUGAUGUACAGCUCGGAUAACGGCAUCCCCUUCCCCAACGGCAGGACCAACCUGUACUGGUCCGGCACGGCCGAGCCCCUGCUGGUCUCCUCCCCCGAGCACUGGCAACGGUGGGGUCAGGAGAGCCAGGCCUACGUCAGCCUGCUGGAUAUCACACCCACGGUUCUGGACUGGUUCUCCUUGCCCUACCCGUCCUACAGCAUCAUGGGGGGCGCCCCGGUGCGGCUGACGGGCAGGUCCCUCCUGCCGGCGCUGGCGUCCGAGCAGCCGUGGGACACCGUGUUCGGCAGCCAGAGCCUGCACGAGGUCACCAUGUACUACCCCAUGCGCGCGGUGCACCAGGGCCCCUACCGCCUGCUGCACAACCUCAACUUCAAGAUGCCCUUCCCCAUCGACCAGGACUUCUACGUCUCGCCCACCUUCCAGGACCUGCUGAACCGCACGCAGGCCGGGCGGCCCACCGGCUGGUUCAAGACCCUGCGGGAGUACUACUACCGGCAGCGCUGGGAGCUCUACGACGUCCGCGCCGACCCGGCCGAGACCCGGAACCUGGCCUCCGACCCGGCCCUCCGCCCGGUCCUGGAGAGCCUCCGGGCCCAGCUCCUCAAGUGGCAGUGGGCGACCUCCGACCCCUGGGUGUGCGGCCCGGACGCGGUCCUGGAGGCCAAACUCACCCCGCAGUGCAGGCCGCUGUUCAACGGACUCUGACCGCCAGAGAUUUCCAGGGGGGGGGUUUGGGGAGGGGGA